AUGUAUGAAUGUAGAUCAGAGGCAGCAAGGUCAUGGAGGACACUCAUUAAUGUAGCUACAUGCAAUAUAAUGUUACCUAUAGCAUAUUCACGUCUCAAGGCCAAACAUUUGUAUCCUUGAUGAUCUGCGACCAUGUGACAUAUUUUUCGUCACCUUUUCUAAGCAUUCACUUACACAGCUUCCACCAGACAGGAUUAACUGGCUUAGAUGAGUGUACAUGUAUGAGCUAUAGCAGUGUUUCUGAGUGUGACAGUGUUUUGAGGUUUGAUAACAGUGUAUUGGACUAGUUCUUCACUUUGACAUUUGUUCAUUCAUGACAAUGGUCAGGGAGGGAAAUAAACAGGAGGUGGAAGCCGUUCCAAAUGGACACACACCUGUGUCAGAUAUCCAGGCAGGGAGUCCUGAAAAGAAGGAGCACCUUUAUAAGAUUUUGGUAAUUGGAGAAUUGGGUACAGGGAAGACAUCCAUCAUCAAAAGAUAUGUCCACCAAUUCUUCUCACAGCACUACAGGGCCACUAUUGGAGUAGAUUUUGCACUUAAAGUUUUAAACUGGGAUGCAGACACCAUUGUGCGACUUCAGCUAUGGGAUAUUGCUGGACAGGAACGUUUUGGUAACAUGACCCGGGUGUACUAUAAAGAGGCUGUAGGCUGUUUUAUCGUGUUUGAUGUGACGAGAGCAUCCACAUUCGAUGCGGUGGUGAAAUGGAAGACUGACCUGGACAGUAAAGUACAGCUAGCAGAUGGCACUCCUGUUCCAUGUGUGUUAUUAGCAAAUAAGUGCGACCAGGCCAAGGAAGGGUUAGUGAAUAACUCGAACCAAAUGGAUGAAUUCUGUAAGGAGAAGGGAUUUGUCGGGUGGUUCGAAACCUCAGCCAAAGAAAAUAUCAACAUUGAUGACAGUGCCAGGUUUUUAGUACAACGAAUAUUAGAAAAUGACAGCAACAUAAAACGAGAAGAAGAGGACAAUGACAAGAUCACGCUAGAUAGUCGACAACAUGUCAUAAAGAAUUCCAAGGAAAAGGGUGGAUGCUGCUGAUCAUAGAGGUCUUGGAUGAGUGAACACAUUAUCUUGUUAUGGAUGAAUGAACACAGAAACUUGUUAUGGUUGAAUGCACACAGAAACUUGUUAUGGAUGAAAGAACACAGUAGCUCAUUAUGGAUGAAUGAACACAUUGACUUGUUACAGAUGAAUGAACACAGUAACUUGUUACAGGUGAAUGAACACAUUGACUUGUUACAGAUGAAUGAACACAUUGACUUGUUACAGAUGAAUGAACACAGUAACUUGUUACAGAUGAAUGAACACAGUAACUUGUUACAGAUGAAUGAACACAUUACCUCAUUACAGGUGGGUAAACAGUGUGAUUGAAUGCUUUGGAAGAAAACAAAACACAUGUUCAACACCAGACGUUCUGUUUCUUAUUUCUGUUUUUAUUUACAAGAAGUCUUUCUAUUGUCAUUUUUAAAAGUUUGUACAUGCUUUUUAAAAAAAAAUUUGUGUAUUCAGGUUACAAAGUUUAGUAUGUAUAGAAUUUGUGCAUGCAGGGUUCCACUUAUGUCAAAAAUACUCAGUGAAAUUUAAUGUGUGAAAGAAGAGGUCAUUGUAUAGAGAAAAUACAAUCACAUUUUUUAUCUACUCCUAGUUAUUUAUUUUGAAAAUUUGUCGAUUGUGUACAGAUUUCUAGAUAAGGAAGUCUAGGAAAGACUGGUUGUGAUUAUUUUUUCUGAUCUUUAAAGUAGACGUUACUGGGAUAUCCCCCCUCCCCCCACAAAAAAAUUGUUGAAUAGUUUGACAAAUCCAUGAAAAUAAAAACAGCUCAUUUAUUUAGGUCAAGGUCAUGAUUAGGAUAGCUAAUGUUACUCUUCUGUGUGUGGAGGUAGUUUUCUAAAGGUACAUUGUACCACCCUGUCAUACCACGUGUUGAUGUAAGGCUGUGUAUUGUGAGAGUAUGAGUGUGCAGAAAAUGUACCAAUGCUCGUUUUCUAUAAUGCCUGAAAGAUUUAUAUAAAUUUUUUAUAUAUAAUUACAUAUGGAUGUCAUUGUAAAUUUCGUGAUUGUUAACAUGUUGAAUUUGUUUAGGAUAUGUACUCCAAAUAUUCAAUAAAUAAAACAACAUUGAUA